AUGCCUUCCAAACUAAGCAAAGUAACCAAGCGAGUCACAAAGAAGAAGGGAACCAAAAUCAAUGCGCUUCACGAGAACAGCAGAGAUGCUCAACGACUACGAAGGGCAGGCGCGAGAGAUGAACGGGUGGCCAACAUGAAGUCGACCAAACAGAAGACGAACUUGCCAUGGCUUGAGCGCGUUGCCUUCUUCCAAGACAGACUGCCAGAGACCCUGCAUCCUUUGAAUGUGGAGGAGAUGAAGGAUUUGGUAGCGCAGUUUCUGCAGCGCCACGACGAGGAGCUGAAUGCACUGAAGGCGGAGAGACGACCAGGAAGACCAGCAUCGAACAGGCAGUCAUUGUUGGAGCAGGCAGUGAAAGCGGAGGCACAGGAGUUUGUGAGUGGGUUCUGGUUGCCAAAUCUGCAGGACGUGGAGACGCUGCAGAAGCUGGACGAGUGGAAGGGAUUGUGGCUCGGGUUGGGGAGCUUGAGAUUUUUGAGGGUGCAGAAGGAUGGCGAAGUCAAGGAGAGCCAGUUCCCGCCCCGAGGAGCGUCAUGA